CACCAGUAGCAAUCACAACUCCGUGCGACUCACACGCAAAGCACAUGCGCCCGCGCAACUCGCCUAGUGAAAGUCUCGCGCGCAGGUUUUCGUACUUCGACAUCUUCGUCUAGUUAAUCUGUUUGUUCGUUGCGCCAGUGCAGCGGGGAAAGGAGGUCGGUGCUUGGCCGUAACCCGUAAGAAUCGGUCGAAGUUGCAGAACAUUUAAAUACUUCAACAGUAUUUUGAGUGUUCUCAAGUUUUCGAAAUGCAGCGUGAAUAUGGUGGAACCAUGAUUGUGAAAUCGGUUCCAUAAAACAAAAGUGAAUACAAAAAGUGAAGUGAAACUGUAAAAAUGAGUAGCAGUGAACCUACAUUAACGGAGUCGCCGGUCCCGUUGGCGCUCGCUCGGCUGCAAGGACGGCCAGGGCGCCUGCCUAGAGGCCUCCGCGCGCAUCGUCCUAGUCUGCCACUCGCGAGCCUCCAAGAGGCAAUAGAUGAGACCCCAAGACGCUAUAGCGAAGAAGCCUUCCCGGAUACUGAUGACGACGAGGCCUUCAUUGAAGUGGAAGCAAACGAGCCGAUCCGUUCAACGUCAAAUGGACGGAGGGCUUCCGAUGCUACAUUCGCGGAAAGAUAUAGAAAGCUAAACGAUUUUGAUGGCCCGCCGCCGGACAUGCCCCGCCGGGCCUCGCUGGCGGUGCCGGUGGGCGACGAAGGGUAUGGGCCGGCUGACAAAGGGCGCAGACGUUCGUGGGCGGCACGGCUACAGCUCGAGCGUAAAAAACGGCGGAAGUCGGGAGGCAACGAUACUGAUGGUGAAGAAAGCGACUCGCCGACUUAUGUUCGUCAAAAACGUCCUUCCUGGUGGAAUGUCUUUGUUCCGGAUAACAUGCUGAAAAACAGGUCUAGGCGCGCCUCGCAGCAACUGUCGAGAAGCGCGGAGAGCAUAGACCAGUCCUAUAAAAGGUCUAAAAGCCGAUCAGUGGACCAUGGGUUCGGCGCGCCGUUCGACCUGGAGGCUCUCCGCUCCAAGGUCGAGGGCAGGUUCGACGCAGUGCAUAGAGAUGAGGACGAACAUGUCAAGAGACUGCCCCCACCACCCCCAAUUAAAACAAUGACCUAUACGGUCCGUGACCGUGACACCCUGACUUCCCUCGCCGCGCGUUUCGACACCACGCCAUCAGAACUGACCAAGCUUAAUAGACUCGCUACACAAUUCAUAUUCCCUGGGCAGACCCUGCUAGUACCUGACAAGAGGAAAGAUGGCGACAAGGACUCCGACGGGCCCUCCGAGAGCGGCGACAAUACCUCCGAAUCCACGGCGGGCGCCCCCAGCGAGCCAGCACAGGAAAAAGAGAUAUUGGACAGCUUGCGGCCCGUUUCUCCGGAGCAGCCCAGUAGCAGCAGCGCUCCGCAGCGGUUCCUCAAGAUCAACGUGCGACAUAUCACUGAUGGACAGGGCGUAGUGUCCGGUGUUCUCCUAGUCACCCCUAACGCCGUGAUGUUCGACCCCAACGUGUCGGACACGCUGGUGAUGGAGCACGGGCCGGAGUCCUACGGCGUCAUAGCGCCGAUGGAGUACGUCGUCAACGCCGCCAUCUUUUACGACAUCGCCCACAUGCGCACCCACGGACCUGACAAUAAUCAAGCGCACAAAGCCGAACAAGCCGAGAUCUACUACAUGAAUAAAUCGGAACAUUCUCCUGGAAAGGACUCGCUUCUAGUCAAAGACGAAACAUUCCCCGAGCUGCAGGCGGCGGCGGGGGCCGAGGAGCGCGGCGAGGGGGCGGGGGAAGAGAGACCCGGCUCCGCGGACGAGCGCGGAGGCGCCGCCUUCCCGAAGGCGUUCGACAGGGAAUUAGUCACGCCAACAGCUCUACAGCAACAGACUACAGAAGACCGGCGAAAAUCCUUAUUGGACCAGCACUGGGCCAUUCCUAGCAAGGACAGGAUGUCAAUUGAUCAAGGCAGCGAGGUAUCAUCAAGCGCUGAGCCCAAAGACGACGGCGGCGAGUCCAGUCGGUCUCGCUGCGACAGCGCCGCGGAGUCUGCGGGGGAGGCGGGGGAGGGGGGCGAGGCGGAACAACCGGACGAUGCCCAGCACCUUGUGAAGUUGUCCUAUCACGACUCCGGCAUCGAUAUCAGAGAUCCGCUGCUGCACGUCAACGCAGUCAAUACUAAGAAGGCACAUCACCCUUUAUUAGAUCACGACUAUUACCACGAAAUAAACACCAUAUACGAGGGUCUGGAGGCCGAUAACUACAUGUACGACCGCUGGGACUGUGACGUCACGUAUGAAGACAAAUUCCUCAGGAACUUUGAUGUUCAUCACAUGGAUCAUCACGAUAAUUCGUCAAUUGACAAACAUCACGAUCAUUCGUCAAUUGAAAGGAUGUCAUUCUCGUCCCACGAUGAGGUGUACAGCGACGCGGACAUCGUCCUCUCCGCGGAAUGGGUGCCGCCCGUGUGCCUCGCUCGCGGAGAACCGCCGCUGUCUGCCCCGCCACUCGGCGAGGCGGAACGUCCGAGGAAACCCGCCGCCGUGUCCUUCUCACUGGAUGGAAACACGCACAAGGAUGAUACGACCAAACCGGACAAAAAGAAUAAGAUGUUUAAGAGACUAUCGUACCCACUGUCUUGGGUGGAAGGUUUGACUGGUGAAGGGACUCCGCCAAACUCGCAGGCCUCCCAAGGUGACUCACUGCCCACAUCGGCUGAUAGUCACAACUCUACCAGUGUUUUCUCCAAGGUUUUCAACAGGCGAAGUUCACUCGGUGGCUUUGGGCGUUCGCAAACGAAGUCUACGUCGAGUGCGCCCGCGCAGCCUAGGCUCGACUACCGCAGCAUGGUCUCAGUGGACGACAUGCCUGAUCUCUUCGCAUCUUUUGAUAAACUGAUUCCCCGUCCCGCACGGCCAAGCGACGAUCCCCCUCUAUAUUUGCGACUGCGCAUGGGCAAGCCGGCCGGCCGCCCUUUGCCGAAAACCACCCCGCUUAUGUCGUACGGCCGCAAACGCAUGAAGCCCGAGUAUUGGUUCGGAAUACCCCGAAACAGGGUGGACGAUCUCUUCAAGUUCCUGACCCACUGGGUGCCGGACCGGUACGGCCCGCUCGGUGACGUCACCGCGCAGGGUUACGAGCUCAUAGACAGUGACACGGAAUGGGACGACGAUGAGGCCAAGCCUGGGCACAAAGGCGAGAGGACCGGCAGCACGGGCGAUGUAUCCGACAUCACAAGAGAAUCCUGGGAGGUACUGUCGAUGAGCGAUGAACUGCGACGCGCACUGUACUCGUCGGGCGCCUCCGUCGACAUGGAGCUGUCGCCGCCCGACCUCAUCGGCACCUCGGAGAUAUUCACAAUGGAACACAGAGAGAAGCUUUGCUCGGUGCUGCCUGCGCGCGCGCAAGGCUAUAUGUGGUCGCUCGCCUUCAGCACGAGCCAGCACGGGUUCUCACUCUCCUCUAUGUACCGCAAGAUGCAGCGGGUCGACAGCCCGGUGUUGCUCGUCAUACAGGACACUGACAACAAUGUUUUCGGAGCUUUGACGUCAUGCGCGUUGCGCCCGUCGGAACACUUUUACGGCACGGGCGAGUCGCUACUCUUCUCGUUCCAGAGAGUCGAGGAAAGGCGUCCCUCGCAGCCCCCGCUGCCGGCUUCGGAGGAUAAGCCGAAAGAAGACGAGGACGAACACAAGGAUGAGAAAGGAGAUCAACCACCACCAGUCAAAACGAAAUUCAAGUAUUGGGGAUGGACUGGAGACAACAUGUAUUUUAUUCGAGGUAGUGCGGACAACAUAUCUAUUGGCGCUGGCGACGGCAAGUUUGGUCUGUGGUUGGACGGCGACCUGUACCUGGGCCGCACGCAGCGCUGCACCACGUACGGCAACGAGCCGCUCACAACCCGCGAGGACUUCAUAGUCAAGAUCAUGGAAUGCUGGACCUUCAUCUGAGCGGCGAGAACGACGCCCCACGUUUCUACUUUCAAAAUCAAUAUAAGCUUUAGAUUAUCUUAUGAAAUUUGCUACGAAGAUUUGACACUUUUACAAGUCAGUCUUUUAGACUUUACCCGAUGAGUCUGAAAACGAUUUUGUACUCGCAUUGACUCGAAACGUACCGCGCCCGGCCGCGACGGAGACAAUACCUAUUGCUAACGUCUACGCGCAUUUCUAGUCAAACGUACUGAAAUCUGACCAAUGUUUUCAUCCUCUCCGAAUUUAGAGACGUGUUCGGAUCGAGUGCCGGCCUCGCUCGCAGGCGGAGCCGCGAGACAGAGCAAGUGCAUUAAUCCUAGUCAAUUGUCAUUCGUAUGUAAGUUGAAAGUGAUCGAGCAGGAAGGAGCUCACACAUAGCGGCCGAGCCUCGCUCGCCGCUCCGAUCUUACGUGUCAAUUCAUACAAUUUAUAUCGUGCAUUGUUGUUAAGAUUAAAACGUAUUUGUAACGAUAAAAUCAUUGUAUAAUGUUAUGUUGUAUUUUAUAUUUAAAGAUUUGAUCAUUCUGUUUAAACAUCUUUUAGUGCUCCCCAGUGUGAACUUUGAUGACGUUAUAGUUCACCCAUUUGAACGCUCCUUCAGACUUCAGGCCCCCAUCACAACUAUUAAAAAGCUUGCCAAAGCAAAUGGCUUUGACUGACAUAUCGUUAAAAAUGUAUCAGAUAAAAUUCUAUUGAAAACACUGGGCAGUUUGAUUAAUUUAUGUAGUGUUCUGUAUUAUCUUGUGUAUGUAUUGAGUCAUAAUAUUAAGUUAGUGAGCAUAAUUAUGUUACACUUCACUGUGAUUUGAUUAAAUAUGGUCGCAUUUUGUCAUAAUGUGUUUUAUCACUUCAUGUACCUAGUAAUGUUUGCGUGGUUUUAAUAAAACUUCAUUAUGUGUUCUCACUAUGCAUGCUGUAGUGAUAGUGGGAGCACGGUGUGAAUGUUGCAUACAACAAAAAACUUUGAAAAUCUGUAAGAAUGUAAAAUUAUUUUGUGAUAAAUGCUUCAGUACAGAGAUGAGUAGCCGAUAUAUAAUAUUAAUUAAAUAGUAAAAAUAUUUUAAAUAGUUAUCUUAGAGAGCUUGAUAAAUGUAAUUGUCAUUGUGCUUAGUAAUCGUGUCACUUAGCAUGAUGUUACUCGAUAUAUCUGGUCGUAUUACAUUAUUUAUUUGUCGGAUAUGAGCGCAUCUGGUGUCGGCGCUCACAUUGUUUUCAUGUAUAUACGAUGUAUUCCUAUUUGAGAUUAGUGAAGAUAUAUAUUUUUGUGAGGCCACGUGACGCUGCAAUAUUUGAUGGGAGAAAGUACAAGCAUCGAAAAAUUAUAAAGUAGCUGUUUGAUUGUACCCAAUGAACAAUGAGCUGACCAUGCGCAGAUGUAUUCUGGAGAUUGACAUUGUUAUUGUUUGUGCAUCAUGAAUGAAAUAGAAAACACCUAGGUUUUAAAAUUAUAUCGGCAUAAUUAUUGUUACAAAUUUAUAAUCAUUAGAAUUGUUGAGUAGCAAUGAGAAAUUUAAUAUUAAUUUAUUCUGUUAUGAUUUCCAUCUUACGAUUGCUGUAGCUGCAUUACUUUAUUGGUGAUUUAUUAUGUAAUUUAUAAGUUGUUAAAAUGUAAAUCAAGCCAUAAUAAUUGAGAAUAUAUUCUUUUGAGAAGA